AUGGGUGGUCUUGUAUUACAUUACGGCAUGUGGAGGGUCAACGGUGAUCUUGCUGUAUCCCGAGCAAUAGGUGAUCCUAAAUAUAAACCAUAUGUUACUAGUGAACCGGAAAUGUAUUCUGGAGAUCUAGAUGGAACUGAAGAUUUUCUCAUUAUUGCUUGUGAUGGUCUUUGGGAUUACGUUAAUGAAGUAACAGCUGCCAAGCUUGUGUAUGAACAAAUUUCUCGAGAUUGUCAAAAAUUUGCGUCAACGUAG